CCGGGUUAAGAUUUAACUCAAUGAAAGGGUGCUAAAAGUUGGAUUUAUUAGUUUCAAAAUUGAUAGAGAAAUAGAAAAAGGGGAGAAGAAAAAGAAAAAAUAGAAAAAGGAGAGAUUUUUGAAGUAAAUGCUGUGAGAAAAAAGAAAGGCUUGUGGUAUUGGUUAGUUAAGAGACAAAAGCAAAGAGCGGUUUUGUAACUGAAAAGUGAGAGAAAAUGAGUUGAAUUCUUGCAUCCACUUCACAAAAACACACACUACUAGCAUUUGUUGCACUCCUCCAUAGCUGUUAGACUCACACACAUUUAAAGAGAGAGAAAAAUCCUUGUCCGAGAAAAGAGAGGGAUAGGAUUUCUUUGUGUAUGAAUGAGGUUGGAAAAGUUUUGCCUUUGAUUAUUGAUGACGAUGUUAAACGGGGUAGGUUGAAGGUGAGGGAGAGGAGGGGCUUUGAUUUUUCUCUUUCUUUCUUCUUCGAGCAUCAAAGACUCGAUCUUUUUUUAUUUUUUGGUGUUUUGUUCUGUCUAUACAUAUCAUUAGUUGAAGUUUCAGAGACCCUUUUCCCCCUUUCUUUGCAAUUUCUAUUUUUUAGUGUUUUUGCUCUGUUUCUGUGAGCUUUGAAUGGCGCAUGCUGAUGGCCUGUUAAGUGGAGGCUCUCAUGAAAGAGGUAUGGGAGGUGAUGAUCUGUACACAGAACUAUGGAAGGCAUGUGCAGGGCCUUUGGUGGACGUUCCUUGUGUGGGAGAAAGAGUUUACUACUUUCCUCAAGGUCACAUGGAGCAAUUGGAGGCGUCCACAAAUCAGGAACUGAAUCAACAAAUCCCUCAUUUCAAUCUCCCUCCUAAGAUCCUUUGUCGUGUUGUUUACAUUCAGUUAAAGGCUGAGCCAGAAACAGAUGAAGUUUAUGCCCAGAUCACUUUGCAGCCAGAACCAGAUCAAACUGAGCCCACAAGCCCGGAUCCACCCCCACCCGAUCCACCAAAGCCAUCUGUUCAAUCUUUUUGUAAGAUUUUGACAGCAUCUGAUACAAGCACUCAUGGGGGUUUCUCUGUCCUUCGGAAGCAUGCAAAUGAAUGCCUUCCACCAUUAGAUAUGAGCCAACCAACACCAACCCAGGAUUUGGUUGCCAAAGAUCUGCAUGGAUACGAGUGGCGUUUCAAGCACAUAUUCAGAGGUCAACCGAGGAGACACUUACUUACAACUGGAUGGAGUAUGUUUGUCACCUCAAAGAGAUUGGCUGCUGGUGAUUGCUUUGUUUUCUUGAGGGGUGAGAAUGGGGAAUUGCGUGUUGGCAUACGCCACCUUGCUCGACAUCAGAGCUCUAUGCCACCCUCUGUCAUUUCCAGCCAAAGCAUGCAUCUUGGCGUGCUUGCAACUGCAUCACAUGCUAUUACAACACAAACCUUAUUCGUGGUCUACUACAAACCACGGACAAGUCAGUUCAUUAUCGGGCUGAAUAAAUACCUAGAGGCUAUGAAACAUGGGUUUUCAGUUGGCAUGCGUUUCAAAAUGAGAUUUGAAGGAGAAGAUUCACCUGAGAGAAGGUUCACAGGCACUAUUACUGGAUUUGGAGACCUCUCUUCGCAGUGGACUGAAUCUGCAUGGCGUUCGCUCAAGGUGCAAUGGGACGAACCUGCGACUAUACUGCGGCCAGACAGAGUCUCACUAUGGGAGAUCGAGCCCUUUGUAGCUUCGGCUUCUGUUGAUGCAUCACAGCCAGCUACAAAAAUCAAAAGGCCUCGACCUCUUGAUCUACCUCUUACCGAAACUACUACUGCUUCUGCUGCAUCUCCUGUCUGGUAUCAGAAAUCAACCACGUCCCUCGAAUUGAGCCACCUAACUAGUAAUUCCGAUGUUCAAAGCAGCGAAAAACAAGUUUUCUGGCCUCCUAAGCAGAAAGAUCACCAUGGCAGCAGCCUCCCAAGUUCCACACCACAUUCUGGUGGAGCGUGUCCAUCUCUAUUAAGUUUAAAUGGUUCUCUGAGCUUGUUUCGAGAAUCUACAAACGAAAACAAAAAUGUUUUGUUACAUUCUGCUCUUCCUAAUUAUCACUCUCCUGUGUCAUCAAGGGCAAGUAAUUGUCCAGACCAAAUAAAAAAGUCAGAGACUGCACCUGCAUGCCGUUUAUUUGGCUUUGAUUUGAGGAACAACUCGAACAAAAUCCCCCCUCUAUCGGAAACAGAAGUACCUUUGCCUCGUCCAAGCACUAUCCCGGACUCUGACUUGCCGCCUAAGAGGCCUGAAACUGAUGAAAAACCAGGCGUCGACCUUUUGGCUUCAUCAAAGGAAAGACAUGAUGCUCAAGUGGAGGCCCCUCCGAAUGAUACUCAGGGACCACAGGAUUAUGUUCCAUCUUCAAGAACUCGGAUCAAGGUUCAAAUGCAAGGGAUUGCUGUGGGGCGUGGCAUGGACUUGUCUGCUUUUCGUGGCUAUGAUGAUCUCAUUGAGGAACUGGAGAGUAUGUUCGAUAUCAAGGGAGAGCUUCGCCCUCGCAGCAAAUGGGAGGUGGUUUACACCGACAAUGAGGGAGACAUGAUGCUCGUGGGAGAUGACCCUUGGCAGGAAUUCUGUAAGAUGGCUAAGAAGAUUUGCAUCUAUUCUAGUGAUGAAGUGAAGAAGAUGAGGCCGAGAUGCAAGCUUCCUAUAUCACCGUCAGAGUGUGAAGCCGCAGCAAUCAUAAGCUCAGAAUCACAACCUAAGUUAGAAGCAUGAACUUAGUGUAUCCGAUUUCUCGUCUUUAAUAAUGGUUUAGAUUCGGGGUAUACUAAGUGGUAGGCUAGGAGUGAUGCUUGUUGCUUUGGUAUGUUAGCAUUAGGUGAAGGAGGGAUGGAAGUAGAAAGGCAGCAUAGUCAUCUCUCAUGCUGUUGUAAAUACAGAUGUUUGUGGGUGUUUAAUCAAAGUUUAUUAGGUAGAUUUGGAAGUGGUAAUCGGUCCAAGGAAUCUGGUGGGGUAGCUGAAUUGGAUUUUUGUCUUUUGUCUGUUUUGGUUGCUGAUUUAUAGCUAUAAUCAGUCUGUAUAAAUUGUACACUACACUCUGUGUUUUGAUUGAUGUCUUUGCAUUUUUGUGUGGACA